AUGUCAGUCUAUGUAUUUGACCUUCAAAAUCCAGUUGAAUUUCUCAAUGGAGCUAAACCAAUUCUUAUUGAACGCGGUCCAUUUGUUUACAAAGAGGUGCGUACCAAGAUAAAUCUUCGUACAUAUGAGAAUGAAACAAUAUCAUAUCAAGAGCCUCGUGAAUACAUAUUCGAUCGGACACAGUCUGUUGACGAUGAUACAUUUACUUUCACAACUAUCAACGUCGUAUAUAUGACUCUAAUUAAUUUAAUACAAAUGGAAAAGACGCUCAGUAUCUAUCAACACAUCAUAGGAGAACUUUUAGCAAUGAUCGAACAACCAUUAAUGACGCAUUCAGUUCGAGAGUAUCUAUGGGGUUAUAAAGAUCCUCUGUUGCAUGAACUGAAAAUUCUAUUGCCUGAAUUAGCAAUGGAUGAUCAAGUAGCACUGUUUGGCAUGGCUGUCGAUUUUAUGGCUUAUGACACAUUCUUGAUUAACAAUGGAGUAGGUACCGAUGCUAAUGGUGUUGAUCGUAUCAAUGAAGUUGGUAGAAUUACUCGUUUCAAUCAUUCAACAAGUUUAUCUAUCUGGUUUGAUUCAUAUGCGAAUAUGAUCAAUGGUACAGACAGUACACUUUGGCAUCCCAAUGCAAGAAAAGAUGAACGAAUCUACGCAUUUAUUCGUGAUAUUUGUCGAUCAGUCUAUUUAGAGUUUAACGAGACUCGAAGAAAUUUCGUUGGUGUAGAUGUCUAUCAUUAUACAUUACCAUCAACAAUGUUCUCAAACUCGACCGAAAAUCGAGGUUUCUGUAUGAAUAGUACAACUGCCAAUAAAUCCCAUGAGUAUAAUUGUUUGCCCAGUGGACUUUUUACUCAAACUCCAUGUCAACAUUUGGUUGGUUUGGCGGCCGAUGUUCCAUUGCCUUUCAUUGCCUCUAAUCCACAUUUUCUUGAUGCUGAUUCUGCAGUAUCGAAUUCCGUUGAAGGUAUGCAUCCAGAUGAUGAAAACCACCGAAGUUUUGGAGAUAUUGAGCCACUGACAGGAAGUAAGUAG